CGAUAUUGUGGUGUCUGGCGUGACUUGGUAGUGAUACAAUGACGCCUGAGUGUUUCCUAAUGACUGUGACGAGGCUUGGCUAUGCUAGUGACGGUGAUACUGGCUUGGCGAGGCGAUUAUUGUGACGGGAACGAGUGGCGACCUGUUUUCUUCCUCCUGUCCCUCUGUUUCCUUCUCCUCUGCUUUUCCUGCGCCAUCAAUCAUUCAGUCACUCAAUCAUUCACUCAGUCAGUCUAUCAUUCAAUCAGUUAGUCAGUCAAUCUCUCCUUGUCCUCUUUUCUUCACCCUCUUCUCCUCCUCCUCUCCACGCUCUCAAUAUCUACACGCCCUCAAGACCUACACAAGCCCUCCCUGUGUUGCCUCCCAGCCUCUAAUGACACUGUGAAGAGUAUAUGUGCAGACUUUUUUUUUUUUUUUUGUUUAUCUUCACAAUAUCGUCUGCGUCGCAAGGUCAUCGCGCAUCUGGCAGUGAGUGCCCCGUCAGUAGCGCCGCCAUGGAGGAGAGAACGCCACAGCAGCUGCUACAGGAACACUUGGAGCAGCUGGCGAAGGUGGAGCAGCCGCCCAGGGUGACGCUGGAUGAAGUGGUCUCCCUCAGUGAUCAAUUCCCCGUGCGCUUUCCCACCCAGACAGCCCGCCUUAAAACGCUCCUGAAGGGUGGCGUGCACGAUGAGGCCACACUGGAGGAGCACGUGAACUCUGCCUACCCUGUGGUGCACGAACGAGUCCUGCCGCUCCUGGCCGCCUUUCUGCACUUCAAAAGGAACCACGGCAGGAAGAAGGAGAGGGAGGUGUACAGCUCGCUGGGACUGCUGGACUUGGUGGAUCGCCUCCUGAAGAAGCGACCCAUCGUUUUCUACAACCCGAAUGACGUGUAUGUCCUACGUGACGGGUCUGAAGGGUGUGACGGCUUCCAGGACAUCGGCCAUUCCAAGGAACACGGCAGACUCAUCCUGAAGGACUACAUGAGCUAUGAUGAAAUGAAGCUGUCGGCCCUCGUGGCGGUGUCCUCACACUCAGUCUUCAUCAACGACGGCGGCCGCCACAACCGAGGGCUGCCCGCCUCCUCCGACAACUUCGUGCCGACGGGCGUCAUCGUGGGGCAGGUGGGCGCUAGAUUUGAGCGGGAGGGACUGAUGGAGUGGCAGGACUGUGUGGUGACGCCGCAUCAAAACACUCCCUAUCGUGGCUAUGGCAAGGAGCCUCCUUCGCAGCCCCGCCUGGCCAGGCAGUGGGCACACCUGUGGGGCGAGCCCUUCCUGCCCUCGUGGGAGGAGGCCUCCAAGUGUUCCGAGGACGAGUUCGUGCCGCACUCCUCAGACUUGCUGUUCAACGUGCGGGUGUACAAGGCACGCAUCCAGCUGCCGGCGGAGACGCUGCUGGCGGAGGCUGGUGCGCGGGCUGCGGGAGUGGGCCAGAAGGCUUACGUGCGUGUGGUGGGCCUGGGUCUCGGGGUGUGGAGCUUCACUCCCCGCCAGAACCAGCUGUUUGUCGAUGCGUGGGCCGACGCGCUGGCCGCCGCGGACACGUCCCACAUCAGCCACGUGGAUUUCACCUGGAUCUCAGACGUGACGCGGUGCGGCGAGGCGGGGGACGGGGAGGAGUUCCCGGGUAAGGGCGUCGUCAUUCGCUUUACCAAGAGUGGUCUGCACUCAGCGCCGUUGCCUGACGGCACUCUCCUGGUGACCAGCUUCGCCUGGGACUCCAACUCCCUUCCUGGCAACGAGUACUGGCGGGGCAUGCUGUCAGCCUCCGGGGAUCCCGCCGCCGCCUGCUCCUCCACCGUGGCGGAGCUGCACAACUCCCUCAUCAACCCGCGCGUCACGGCCACCAACCUGCACGUGGCGUCGCCGGGACGCGUGGAGCACGUGGCUGCUUACGCAAGCCGCAGACUGCAGACCGACGCCGCUCCCCAGUGAGUGGAUGACUUGCGGGUGUGGGUGCUCGUCCUCAGAGAAGACGUUAACACCUGAACGCUGGAGAGGUGAGUGAGCUGUGUGCCUGUGAGCCUGCUCCAGCCACGACCACUCAUGUCAGGACCUGAAUUGUGCGCGCGUUUGUGCUGGAGUGGUGCGGCCUGUGUGUAACACGUCUGUAGUGCAUUGUGGAGAGAGAGAGCUAAGCACUCAGGUUUAAUUUUUCGUCCUUAUCUCUGCGAAGCUUCUUUGCUCUCUGUUUCAUGUGUAUCCGAGGUUUAAUAUCACCCUGACGCCAGCCUCAGUGAAGGUCUGGGUCUCUUUUACAGCGGUGUAGUUAGCUUAAUCAUCUUUACGUGCACUGAAUAGCAUAUGCUGAAAACAUUAAAUCAUUCAAUGAAAACA